ACCACGCGACCCCGUCCCAUCCCAAACGGAAACUCAGUCGGGUGUGAUGGAGGAAGAGGGAGCUGGAUUCAGGCUAAGCAAGAGAUUCUCCGAUAAAGGAGGUGAAGUAGACUACAAAACUAAAGCUGGCACAGCAUGGUCUCACAAUUUCCUUAACCAGAAACCAUGGCACCCUCUCUCUUACCCAAACCAACGUCGCAAGUGGAUUGCCGAACAGACUCAUGCCCAGCGAGAACAACGUGCUAGCGAAAUUGCCCGCGAGUAUGCUCAAGAACAGGAGUUUUUUCGUCAGACUGCUCUUGUCUCCAAGAAAGAGAAAGAGAAGAUGGAGAUGAUGAAAGCUGUUAGCUUUAUGUAUGUGCGACCGCCUGGUUACAAUCCGGAAAGUGCAAAAGCUGCAGAGAUUGCUGACGAAGCACAAAAGCAGGGGCAGGGGCAUGGCGGCACUUCUCAAGACACAUCUGCAGCAGGGGUCUCCACUUCUGGGAGACCUGAAGUGCCACCUGUUCAGGAGAAAAAGAAACCAAGGCCAAAGGAUGUUUUUGGCCGUCUUUUGCCAACAGAAGAAGAAUUUGAAGUGCUUAAAAAUGCUCCAAGGUUGGAAACAGGUGUUGCUGGAAGGGCCAAACCGUUUGGAAUUGAGAUACGUAAUGUCAAAUGCGUCAGAUGUGGAGCCUUUGGCCAUCAGAGUGGUGAUCGUGAAUGUCCAUUGAAAGAUGCUAUUAUGCCGAAUGAAGAGAGUCGAAUAAAAAGAGAUGAUCCUUUAACUGCUAUCCUGGCUCAGACAGAUGCUUCUGAGCCUUUGAAGUGGGAGCUCAAGCAGAAGCCUGGACUCAGCCCUCCACGUGGUGGGUUCAAUCUUGAUGAUCCCAACCAACAGAUAGUUGCUGAGGACAUAUUUGAUGAGUACGGAGGAUUUCUUACUGCGGAUAAUGUACCUGAUUUGCUGGCCAGCUUAUCAAGCAAACCAAAUAAGAAAAAGAAGUCCAGUAAGAGCAAGCACAAAAAGCGGUCUUCACCAGCUAGACCAGAUUUACGUGAUCAAGAAGAAAUUACUUCAUCUUCGGAUGUUGAUGAUAGAGGAAGAACACUGAAGAAGAAAAAGCACAAGAAGAAGUCUCGAAAGCAUUCUGUGUCUUCAGAGGACUCUGAUAGCCAUCGGAAAUGUAGUAGUAACCGACAGAGACAUUCACUGUCAACUAGGAGAAAUCAUUCUGAGUCAAGUUCAGAGGACGAUGAUAAUGACAGGCAUCGGAAAAGGAGUAACAGACACAGACGUUCACGGUCAAGUUCACCUGAGCGUGAAGAUAAGGAACACAGGAAGAAGAAUCAUAAUGAGUCAAGUAGGGAAAGCAUUCCGAGUCAAGUUCAGAGGACGAUAAUAAUGACAGGCAUCGGAAAAGGAAUAACAGACACAGACGUUCACGGUCAAGUUCACCUGAGCGUGAAGAUAAGGAACACAGGAAGAAGAAUCAUAAUGAGUCAAGUAGGGGAAAGCAUUCCGAGUCAAGUUCAGAGGACGAUAAUAAUGACAGGCAUCGGAAAAGGAAUAACAGACACAGACGUUCACGGUCAAGUUCACCUAUGCCUGAAGAUAAGGAACGCAGGAAGAAAAAGCAUUCUGAGUCAAGUAGGGGAAAGCAUUCCGAGUCAAGUUCAGAGGACGAUUAUAAUGACAGGCAUCGAAAAAGGAAUAACAGACACAGACGUUCACGGUCAAGUUCACCUGUGCCUGAAGAUAAGGAACGCAGGAAGAAAAAGCAUUCUGGGUCAAGUAGGGGAAAGCAUUCCGAGUCAAGUUCAGAGGACGAUAAUAAUGACAGGCAUCGGAAAAGGAAUAACAGACAUAGACGUUCACGGUCAAGUUCACCUGUGCCUGAAGAUGAGGAACACGGGAAGAAAAAGCAUUCUGAGUCAACUAGGGGAAAGCAUUCCAAGUCAAGUUCAGAGGACGAUGAUAAUGACAGGCAUCGGAAAAGGACUAACAGACACAGACGUUCACGGUCAGGUUCACCCGAGCCUGAAGAUAAGGAUCGCAGGAAGAAGAAUCGUCACUACCAUCAUCAUCACAGUCGGCACAAUCAUUCUGAUUAUUCAUAACAACGAAGUUAUAUCAUCUAGCUGUUGCCUCCUAUAAAAGAGCUCCAAAACCUACUAGUGAUGCAAAAGCAGUAAAGGGAAAAAUGGUGAGCCACGUUAAACUGAUGGAAGGAAAGUAAUAAGUCAAAUCAUGGAGUUAGCUUCUUGCACCUCUGUAUCUAUGCAAUGUUUUCAUCUUGUGUGGCUAUCAUAUUGGGAUUCUUUGGCUUCCUUUUUUAGGUUACUAGCCCUUAUGCUUCUCCUAAUGCAGAGUGAAUGCAAAUUCUACUAUAUAGAAGCCGCUUGGAAGCAGGUGGAGGUCGUCAUGCCUGCUUCCCAAGGGCCACUUUUGUCUUUUCGUAAAUUUUGCUAACAGCUAACACGCGUAGGGUAAUUUUGACAGGUGGUGCGAUAUAGGGACUCUCACUGCCAACGACUAAUCCCUCCCUGUUCAUCCUCUUUCUUUCUGUGCUUCAUCUUCGAUUUCUUUCUAUCUCACAGCGAUUAAUUUGUUUCAUCUUCUGUCACCUGACAGAGUGAGUAAUGAAUUUGGUUUCACUGUAAUCUAUGAGAUUGUUCAGAAUUAUGUAAGCUCUUCCUUGCUUUGAUACCAAUUUCGCUGCUCCUUUUUAUUUAUCCUUUAAUAGAAAUUAUCUGUACUGUACCUUCUCCUUCAAAGUUGGAUUAUAUGGAUCUCAUUGGUGUUUUUUUUGGACU